AUGGGAUCUCUCAACCUCCCUGGGAUCCUAUACAUCGCGGUAGCUUCCGUUUGCCUCCUUUGCCCUCUCGCGGUUGCGGCGCCGAAACCAUUCCGUCGGGACCCGGGGCACCCCCACUGGCAUCAUGGCGCCUUCCACGAUGUCCAGGACACGAUCCGUGCCGACGUCCGCCGCAUGCUCCACUCCCGCGCCGAGGUGAGCUCUGUUCUUCCAUGCCUGCGUCGUAGAUUGCUGCUCGUAUUUCUUGUUUUGCCUGUGAAAUAUGGCGCAUUCGCGUUGAGAUUGGAACCUGGAAGUGGAAGUUUUUUCUCGUGCUCCUUGGGAAACUGGUUUCUAGAACAAAUGUUUCAGCCCUUUGCCGCUCUGGUUUAGUUGCCUGGCUUGUAGCUGUACCGAUUGAUCUUCUUGAUUGAAGAUUGCGUUUGUGCUUGUCCUGUUUCUGUGCAGGUGCCGUUUGAGGUCCCUCUUGAGGUUAAUGUUGUCCUUGUCGGAUUUAGCGAUGAUGCCGGCUAUCGAUACGCCUUAGAUGCCCACAAGCUGGAGGAGUUCCUCAAGGCCAGCUUCCCUACACACCGCCCAUCGUGCCUCGAGACAGGCGAACCGAUUGACAUCGAGCAUCACAUAGUCUAUAAUGUGAUACCUGUAAGUGUUCAAUUCUUAGAAGGCCGGACCAGGACUUUUGUUCCAACUAAAAUUAAAAUACAUUUCAUAGAUUAUCGUGGUCAGCAAACGCUUAGUUCUGCAUGCCAUUUUAGGGAUGUUUCGAGGCGAGUAGGCCUUUUGAAACAACAUAAGUGACUGCGUAUCAGCGUUUGUGCUGCCGAACUGGCAUGCCAUCUCUUCAGCAAAUAUUAUAUUUGUCAUGGAGACAUGAACUUUUAAUUUCUAUGAAGAAGCCGACUUUGUGGUUUCCGCGUUUUUUCCUUCUUCCUAUGUCUUCUGUAAUACCUGAUUGUUAUUUCCUUCUGUGUUCUUGACAGGUUGGGCAACCAGAAUUAAUAGCCACUGAGAAAAUACUGAAAGAAGCUAUGAAACCCAAUGGCACUGCGAGAGAGGUAACUAUUUUCCAAUCGGUCUGUUUAUCUUCUUUCCAUGGAUGCCACACAUCCAUCAUGGGCAUUUUUGAAGACUCAAUAACAGGUUCACAUUUAUUUAGAGUGAAUAUGGUAGGGAGCUUCCUCUUUUUGAAGUGGAUGCUGUCAAUGUGGAGCCAGCGUUCCAGAUGUUGUAUUCGUAUUUAUUUGAUGUGGAAAAUAGUGGAUACACUGCAACAGAUAUAGACAAGCCCAAGCCUACUGCAAUUUUUAUUGUGAAUUUUGAUAAGGUAAAGUUAAAAUAUAACAUAGAGUGCUUUCCUUUUUGCUCAUUUAAUACUCUUGCUGAGAUGUAACUUCUACACCAACAGUACAGUUUACUUGUCUUUUAUUUUUGUACCCAAUUAUAGCAUUUCUUCUGUUUUAUCUUGUAGGUCAGGAUGGACCCCAGGAAGACGGAAAUCGAUCUGGAUACUCUAAUGUAUGCUGAAAUCAAAGGACUUUCAGAAGAAGAGUUGAAGCAACAAGAAGGAGGGUACAUUUACCAGUACCGUUAUAAUGGAGGAGGUGCCUCACAAGUUUGGCUGAGCUCUUGGAGGUAAUAUUAAAGUGGAUUAUCUGCAACAAACUAUAGUCAAUUGAAUGUGCUUGGUGCUAGUUUUUUAGUCAUUGUUAGAAAUACUGGGCAAUACUGGGCAUUCCAUUAUCCCUGUAAGGUGCGUAAAAAACUACCUAUGUUCUUCCUGUUUGGCAGAGGUGAAGCAGAUUGUAGCUACUUCAUUCUUUAGUAUCCCCUGGAUACUUCUGCCUUAUAUAAAGCAAUUUUUCGAGACAAUGGCCUUCUAACUGCUGAAGUUUUACUAAAUUAUCGUUGGAGUAAACUAGAUGAUGCUUACUGCACUUUGGAACAGUUAGUGGGAAUAUACUCGCUAAGAAGCGUUCUACACUAGAAAUAUUUGCACUUUGGCACAGUUAGUGGGAAUAGUUAAACCAGCAUUUUGUUUGGUUUUUAUUUUCCCGGGUAAAAAGAUAAUCACAUAAGACUUCAACGGUAUUCUGGUUAACUCGUAUAUUCAGGAAUUGGAUCAAUGUCUAUCAGACUGCUUCCAUCUGAUAACCCCAGUUGGGUGAUUCUCAGGCAGUUUCUCUAUAAAGCAGUGUUGAAAAUGGAAAAUGCGCCGAAAAAAUAGUAUAUAUAUAGCCUAUACACCUAAGCAAUACAGAGCUUGAAAUUUUCCCAUAAGCUCUAUGCACAAUGACAGCGUAUUAGGAGAGAUGUAACUGCUUCUUCGGCAUAUGAUGCUGGGUCAGCACAUCAUCCUACAGAAAUUAUUGGUCUAAAAUUUCGAAAUUAUAGUCUCAUGAUGCUGUAGAUCUAUAUUUCUAUUAAUGAAUUAAGUUCCUUUCAUUACUGUAUUUUAUCCGAAUAAUGUUUGUGAUUCUCGAUAUAUGUCAUUUGCAGUAUACUAGUGCGGGACUUUCAUGUAUUUCUUUUUAGUGACACUAACCCGAAGUUUUUGAAUUCCUCUGGCGAACGUUGGUCUCACUUGUUGUUAUGUACUACUAUGAUUUUUUAGCUCAUUUUGCAUCUGGUUUUGUUUCUGGCCUAGAUAUUUUGGACAUUGUUUGUCUUUUUAAAUUUCAGGCGUUCUUGAACUAAUGAUUUUGUAUGAUGUGCAGAUUUGUUGUGAUUGACCUCUCAGCAGGCCCCUGCGUUUAUGGUAAAAUAGAAUCUGAAGAAGGAAGUGUUAGUUACCGGACACUUCCACGGUUAGCAAACCUGAUCUCCCCAAGAGGUUCACUUGUUCCUAAAAUUAGUUCAACAUAUGAUACUUUUAUGGGGCAACUCGGAGCACUGAUUUCUACUACCAUUGAGUAUGUCAUAGCACCAGAUGUUAGGUAACGCCUUUAGUGCAUCUGUUCAAGCAAAUUAAAUCAGUCAUUCUUUGUCUUUUUUUCCCCUAGUUUUUACGUGAAUUAAUUUAGUAUCUUAUGCUCUGGAUUUUUACCUUUCCUUUAAUUCUGUUUCAGGUUUGAGAUCGUGGACUUGACAACGAGGUUACUUAUCCCUAUCAUUGUGUUACAAAAUCAUAACCGAUACAAUAUUUUUCAAGCUGGUCAUAACACCAGUAUAGAUAUCAAAGAAAUUGAGAGAGAGGUGGGUUAUCCAUCCUUAAAGAAUUCAAUAGGAACUAUUAAGAAAUUUUCCUGUGUUUUUACCAUAAUUUUUUUAUCAGCAAAUAUUAUUAGGGCCCCUCAAGGAACGAUUAUGCCUUGAUUUCAACUGGGAUGUUUCAUUUCUAACAUUUUUUUAUUAGCUUAUUUUUUUGGCAUGUAAUUUAAUUAUCUCACAUUUUUAUCUUUUCUUACACCCUUUUGGGAUAAGCUAAAAUUCUUAAGUUAAAUUAAAUUUUUUGCACCCUGUAACAAGUGUACUCUUUUUUAGUGCGUCAUUAGUGCAGUUGGGCGAAAAGAAUAGAUUUCAGUUUUAUGCACAUGACUAGUAUGGUAGGCACGAACAAUAAGUUAGUCAUUUGAUAGACUUGUGUUAUGGACAGAUUAAGGUAUCAUGGCCUAUGUUAUUUCAAAAAUGAUACCCCGUGUACUUAUGAUAAAUAAGCAUACUAGCAUUUUGCAAGGAACAAUACUUUGGGAAGUAACCAAAAUUCGUCUGCAAUUUCGUUCUUCCAACUGUUAUACCAUGUGCGUUUGUACUACUUAAAAUUGGGAAGUAACCUUCUAGGUGUUUAUAUUCGGUGCAUUGAAAUGAUAGGUGAAGAAGAUGGUUCAUGCUGAACAAGAGAUAGUCUUCGUUGGUGGUUCACAAGCAUUGCAUCACCAUGAAAAGUUAGCAAUUGCUGUUCGGAAAGCACUAAGAGGUCAUUCUCUCCAUGAGACCAAGAAUGACGGGAGGUUCCACGUACGUGCUCGGACAUACUUAGAUGGAGCUAUUCUGAAAGAUGUAAGUAGAUUUACUUUAUAGUUUUUCAUUUACUCGCUGAAAACUGGUCAGCCAGAUGGAGAAUAAUUCACUCCUAGUAAUAAAUCAAUCGUCCUUUGUGAUUAUUGGCAAAGGUUCUGUCGCAGCUGUUGUCAAUGUCUUUCUGUUUUUCAAUGUUUAUUGCAAGUUGCUACUAUCCUGCAAUUAGUGGUUAUAUUAACAUAAAACUCUCUCCCUGAGAGUAUUGUCUUUCGUAUUUAGGCUCUGAGUGCUAGAGUUAAAUAUUAGCAUGCAACACCCUUUCUCAGUGUGUCUAAACUCCCACCCGCAGGUAUCCUGUCUCGCCAAAGCGGGCUGUUGAAGAAGUUGAUUUGGCACGGUUGCUACUUAGCCAUAUCUUCAUCCAUACUCGCCCCCUCAAAGCAUUUAGAGUAGGAAUGAGAGACAUUAUCGUGUACAGAUGUUUUCUUUACUGUCCUAGUGCUCUUUUCAAAAGUGUAGCCAUAGAUUUAUCUUCCACCAUAGGAUGUACAUAUUUUACUAGAACCAAAAUGAAAUAUUUCCAAGAGCUUGUAUUGCCCCUUUUGUAUUUACCUAGGAUUUUGUCCGCAUAUGGGAUUAAUCUAGGUCCUCAGAAAAGAAACCAGACUGAUAGAAAAUAAAAUUGAGGUUAAUGAUUAUGUAUCAAUAGAAAACGCAUGAAAAAUCAAGUUAAUGGUGGCUCCGUCGUCCGUUUUAACAUGAUAGAUACACUCAGUUUGAAAAGAUAACUAUAAAUAAAACCCCAUGAAAAUUCAAUUUAAUGUUAUCUUCUCUGUCCAUUGUAUGUAGCCCGGUAGAUACACUCAAAAGUAGGGAUUAUCAUUCCUUCCCUGGGUUGAGUGAAUCAGUAGAAGUGAACGAUAAAAUGGGCUAGAAUUUUGUUUAAAGUCAACGUACAAUAAUUUUUGGACCAUAUAUAGUCAGAGUCAACUAGUGAUGCUGGCAGUGAAAUGAGAUCUGCAAUAUGAAGGCAAAAAAAAAUUAUUCAAAAGAAAAAAGAGCUCAACAGCAUGGGUAUGGAUAACUCAUUGGACAAGCUUGAGCACCACCACAUCCGGCUAGUCCUCACCUCCAACUGAUAGAUUUAAUGUGCAGAGAGCACGUGAAUUUCUAGCUGGCGUGCUUAGUAUGGAUUAAAGAAAAAACGUAGCAGAUCCUGCCAUUUUGGAUUUUGGUUUUCUGAAUCCGUGGGUUGAACUUCAUCCAAUUCUUCUCCAGCCCAUUGUUGAUCGUCCAUAUUCCUCGUUUCUACUGAGACAUAUGGAUGCACCUCUCGCAUCUCUUUGAGUGACAUCUUCUUACUGUUUGUUGAUGAAAGUGUCGGCGACAAUUUUUUAAUAUCUUCCAAAGAUUUUCCACAUCCAGAACCUUCAUUUAUGAUGCGGCGCAAUGUCUCCUUCCUGUCUUUGCCUUAUUCUCGUUCCUUGAAGCGUUGACUUAUUAAAAUUAUUUAACUAACAUGUACAACAGGGUCCGUGAAGUCAUCUAUUAUUAUAUCAGUUGUUCAUGUCGUUCCAUUGUUCGACUCUACCAUCUCAAUGUCAAACUUACUGCAAUCAUCAGCUAUGAUUCCGUAAUCGGAUUAUGAAAAGAUAUGGGAAAUCUGCCAUGAAUAUGCGGAGAUUUCCUUUCAUCUGACCAUUAGUUGCUCUAGGAAAUGGAACGCUCGGCCGAUGUGCUCGCGCAUGGUUUACUCGAGGCCGCAGAUCCUUCAGCCUCAAGCAAAUAUUUUCUCCGCCAGGUUUGUUUCUUUGCUGCGCGAUGAACAACGAGCCCAGCUGCAUUCCCCGAGAGGGCAUUGCAACAUGCGUUUUAUUAUAUCCUUGUUUCUUCUUUUUUUUUGGCUUCAAAUGCAGACAUGGUUGGAGGACUCGGACAGCCCGAAGGACUCCAUCAUCGAGCAUCGAUCUCUUUGGGAAAGUUAUUCGAUGAGACUGGGUUCGAGUCAGAAAAAGGGGAAAAAGAAGAAGGGAAAUCUCUACCGAACCUACGGGACUCGAGUAGUUCCUGUGUGAGCAUGUUUCUCUCUCUACCCGUUCCAUUUUAACACCUCUUUUCUGCUUACAGCUCGUCAAACUUUCUAUUACUGGCUGUAGACAGAGUCCUGUCUUCUUGGGUGCUUUUUUUUUUUCUUUUUUGGGUAAAGCGACGGCACAGCCUGGAGAAGAAGCCUUCUCUGAGGAGCGAGCCUCUCAUAUUCUGGCAUUUCAUCCUAAAAUCAUAACCAGAAGCCUACUACUAUUUUUGGAGUCUCUCUUUCAUCCUCCUACCUAUGAACACAUCUUGGUUAUUAUUAGUUCACUCCGAGAGCCUUCUCCAUCCCUUUUGAGGUCAACCCCACACUUGUCUAUUGUUUGCGAGAAAAGCCUUCUUAAAGAUCCCAUGUUCCGGUAUGUGGCAUCCGCUCUCUGUGUGUGUUUUGCUGCGGCAAACCUCUUCAUCCGAGCGUUGACUUGGUAGUGAAAGGGGGGGAGCAUGCUGGGUUCUGACCUGGACUGGUGUCCUCACCAGGGUCAAUUGGGCUGUUGUGACUACUCGCCGCAUUUGCCGAAAAUGUUUUUGGUUUGUGGCAGUGGGAUUUGGGAUAUUUAUCUGGUCGUUGUCUUUAUGUCCCUUUGACCUUGCAGUUUUGUGCUGUCCUUGGCUGAAGUCGACGCCGAGCUCAUGAUGGAAGAUGAAAGCCUCGUCUGGACAAGCAAGGAUGUCGUCAUUGUCCUCCAGCAUGACAACGAAAAUAUACCUCUAAGGUAAGCGGCGCCAAAGAUUUCCACCGAGGAAAGCUAGAAAUCACAGUUUUGGCAAGUAUGUUUGGCUUCCUCAGUCCUCACUAGUAGUUCCUUCAUAGCCCACCUCCUAACCUUGCAGCGGCUGCAUCUCUCUCUCUCUCUCUCUCUCUCUCCCUCUCUCUCUCUUUCUGUCUCUCUCUCUCUCUCGUUCUCUGUCUCUGUCUCUCUCUCUCUGUCUCUCUCUCUCUGUCUGUCUGUCUGUCUCUCUCUCUCUCUCUCUCUUUUAUAAUUUUGCACCGCCGUCUUCAUAAUGAACUCUGCAGCUACGUAUCGGAAACCUCUCGGCGGUACGUGUCUCCGGCAUCGGCGCAGCGGCACAUCCUGGCGGGCCUGGCCUCCGCCGUGGGUGGCCUGAGCGCCCCCUACGAGAAGGCCUCCCACGUCCACGACCGCCCCAUCCUCAACUGGCUCUGGGCCGCCGGCUGCCACCCCUUCGGCCCCUUCUCCAACUCCUCUCGCAUCAGCCUCCUCCUCCAGGACGUCGCCCUCGUACACCCCCCACCCCCCCCCCAUAUCCUUCCUCCCUCACAAUUCUUUCUCAACCCACUAAUUCUAUUUCGCAGAGGAACACGAUAUACGCCCGGGUGGACUCAGCCCUCCGGAAGAUCCGGGAGACCUCGGAGGUGAGACCAACGUUCUUUGUUAUUAUUAUUAUUAUUAUUCUCCUCUUCUUCUUCGUCAUCCCUCGGUCUGAGGUGGGUCUCUCCGCGUGUAUUUCUGGUGCAGAUGGUGCAGUCCUUUGCGGCGGAGCAUCUGAAGACCCCGUUGGGGGAGCCGGUGAAGGGCCGUAAGAACAGGUCCGUCGCGGAGCUCUGGCUGGACAAGUUCUACAAGAAAGUGACCACCCUUCCCGAGCCCUUCCCCCACCAGCUCGUCGACACCCUCGAGCAGUACCUCGACGUACGUCCUUGUCUUCACCAUCAUCAUCAUCAUGUCUUCUUCUUCUUCGUCCUCUGUAUAUUAUGGUCUCUGAGAGAUGAUGAUGAUGAUGAUGAUGAUGGGUUGCAGAAGCUGGAGGAGCAUCUGGUGGACCUGUCGGGGCUGCUGUACGACCACCACCUCGAGGAGGCCCACCACAACAGCUCCGAUAUCCUCCAGAGCACCAUCUACACCCAGCAGUGAGUCUCUUCCCCCUUCAUUCCCCUUCUUCGUCUCCUCCACCUUCACGAGUUGAGUUGACUUGAGGUGACGACUGAGAGUGGAUUUGACAGGUACGUGGAGCGGGUGCUGGCGAGCGAGAGGGAGAAGAUGAGAUGCUGCAGGAUCGAGUACAGGAUGCCGGCCAAGGCCUCGCAGGGUUUGGUCUACGGGGGUAUCCUUCUCGCCGGCUUCCUCGUCUACUUCCUCGUCAUCUUCUUCUCCUCCCCCGUCCGCUAA